AUGGAUAUUAUGGAUAUCGUUGAAAUGGUGGAGAUCGUGGGCAUCGCCCUGGGAGUCAUAGGAUUAAUACUGACCAUUGUGAUCUGUGCUCUCCCCACCUGGAUAGAGACAACCUUCUUAGCAGCUAACUUUACCAACACAGAGAUGGUCUUGUACGGCCUGUGGAUGAGCUGUGUGACACAAAGCACGGGACAGACACAAUUUAAGGUGUACACCUCCAUGGGAUAUUGGGAAUACGUUCUGCAGCCUGCCAGAGCCAUGAUUCUCACUACCAUCAUCCUGGGGGUUCUGGGGGAUCUGUGGGUCAUGGUCUCCAUGGUCGGAGCCAAGGGCACCAACUGCAUCAAAGACAAAACAUCUCAGGCCAAGUUGAUCAUUAUCGCUGCAAUACUUUUCAUCCUGGACGGAAUUCUCAUCCUCAUCCCUGUUUCCUUGGUAGCCAGAUCAAUUAUCAGCGACUCCUCCACGCAGAUCGAAGGGAAGCCUGAGCUGGGGGACUCACUGUACACCUCCUGA